AGUUUCAAGGUCCUCUGUCCACAAUACUUAUGAAACACAGGCGGUAUGGGGUCGGGGAUAUUCACUCAACCGAUUGUUCGGAGGCACAUGCCGCAAUGAUGAACCUGGUGGAGGUUGUGUGACAAUGUUUUCCCCAGGUGACGCGACUUGGGUCUCAGACCCUCUCUCCAGGGAGAGUGAAGAUUGCCAGGGUCUUGCGCUGGACAGUCAGGGUAGGUCGGACCACUUAUUCUCUCCAUCUAACUCAACGUCAGGCUAGGCAGUCGACUGCUUGUGGUCUCCAGUUUUACGCGCACUGAAGAUGAGGCUGCGUACGCUUGCCGUGUAUAUGAUGUGCGUGCCAGCUGCAAUGUGGCUUCAAUGACUCUUCCCCCAAAACUUCUCCAAGAUACUGGCUACGCCACAACCUUGCCCACCAGUACAUUAGUAACAAAUGUCACCAUCAGUCCCGAUAAUGUGUUGUUUUCUAUUUCCCAGUCCGAUGAUACCGUGGACGUUUUCGAUUUCAGAUAUAUCCGACUCUCGGAUCCCUUAUACCAUUGUAUGCAUGAUGCCUCAGCUGAUGUCCCAAAUGGUUAUUACGGUGUGACCUGCAUGCAGUGGUAUACUAAUUAUCACCGUGGGCCAAAUAUACUCUUGAGUGGCGGUGGGGACGGCGCUGUUCGGCUGUGGGAUCUCAGACGUUCCUCCGAAGACACCGGGAAGGCAAUCUGCGAGAUGUCCUCAGGUAUCGGAUACUUCCAUUGUGGAGAUAUCUAUAGAGAUGAACUGCCGCUCAUCGUCGGUGACUGUGACGGAAGAAUUCUUGAGUUUAGAGAACCAAUAUACAUAACUUGAUUUUGUGGGACCUUGAUUGUUUCUGUCAUCUUCUUGGUCAACCG